AUGAUCUACAUGACGAACCGCUGGGUGGGGAGAAAUGGCAGAAGGCUGUGGGAAGAAGGUGCUAUUGAGAGGGAUGAAAAAAUAUCUUCUGUGACGGGCGUGUGUUUUCGAUUUGCAGUGGCCAAGAUAGCUUUGUGGCAAGAAUGGAAGAAGUCAUCGGUCGUCAUGUUCGCAGGGUUGAGCUCCUACUACUUCAUAACGGUCCGAGGAUGGAGCUUGAUCUCACUUCUGUCUAUCGGAGGAUUUUUGCAUCUGUGUGCAUCUUUGGCAGUAAAGUUGUAUCGCAAGGAUGGAAAAGGAGAAGUCGGGAAUGUCGUGUUUCAAAUGAAUGCUUCUGUGAUCGCUGAGUACACCAAGAGCGUUGUAGCUGUUGUCAACCAACUGUCGGAAUGGUACCAGGAGCAGAUAGAUGGCAUGGAUUACACAAAGAUAGGGCAGAUUGUUGGGAUAUAUUCUGUGGGACUUCUUGCUGGAAUAAUUUUCAGCGAUUCGACGCUUCUUCUUCUUGUUUUCCUCGGGAUUAUGACCUGUCCGUCCAUCUACAGAAACAAUCGCCACAUAAUCGAUCCUUACCUCAGCUCGUUGACCUCUCGACAUGAGCUUAAGAGUCAAACUCCCAGGGAAACGAAGAACAAAUAGCAGCUUAGGCAACACUAGUGUCGCAAUCCUGGUUACAAUUUUCAUUGUAAGCAUUCAUCCAUAAAAAAUAAAAGACAGCCAGGCAGCGAUUAAGAAUAUCUAUCUACAUUUUGCACUAUUCACAAAGGACAAGCUGCAUUUCGCCUCAAUCAACAUUAACAAAGAUAUGCUGACAUCAUGUGAAUCAUCUUGAUUCGUUUUAGGUUUCAAAUAUAUCCUCGAGUGAAUCUCGUUUAGAUUUGGAACUCAUAUUGCCAAAGAUCUGAGACCACUGCGAUUGAUCUUGAGGUUUGUAAGCAUGCAAGGUUAUUCGCUCUUGCUUCGCUUGGUAACCUAAUUCCUUCAUGAUUGCACUCAUUGGUAGAUCCAUGUUCAACUUGCAAUUGAGAGGUUUGUCCAUGCAUUUGCGUGAGGGCAAGAGUAUGAAGUCGGUGGUCAUACCAUGAUCAGGGAUGUCGGUAACUGGGUUGUGAUGUCCUUGUGAGAUGAUUUGAUGGGCAAGGUCGCCGCAUAGAUCCCUCACUCUCUGGUGUGGCUGUAUGCACACCAAGUGCCUCACCUGAUCGGAGAUGGUCUGGCUAUGAAUGAGAACCACAAUCUCCAAACUUCUCUUUGACUCAGCGCACUUGCUCUUUACGAGGUUCCCCCGAUCCUUUUUAUUCACUGAAAAGAUGCUGCGUGGUUCGUGUGCUUGUGGAAUCACAGUGAUGGAGUAGCUUCGAUUCACAACUGGUCUGUAAGCGAUGGAGCUUGCUUGCUCACGUUUGUCAUUGCUGUCUUCAAACAGUUCCAAUCGAACCAAGGUUGCCGAGGCACAGAAGGAAUUUCUCCUCAAAACAUUCAUCUGAUCUCUGGAGACUUUGCAAGGAUUAGGGAUAAGGCAUGUGGAGCACAGUCGUGCAUAAGUUUGUCCACUGUGAUCUACCUCCAUUUCUGCAGAAUUUAUAUGGUGAUGACAAUGUUUUUUCAAGGUUUUAGCAGAAGAUGGUGAAAGUGAGGGAGAAGAGAAGGAUUCAAAAUUUGAGGUUUCAGCAGUGAAAGUUGAAAUAUUCGACGAGUUCGACAAGUUUGAGACAGCUAUGAAACUCUGUUCCUGCGUCUUCAGCAUAUCUGACCUGAUCUCCUUGUUGCUGUUCUUGUUCUUGAGCUCUGAUUCAGGUACGCACACCUUGACUGUUCGCCUCGACAUGCUUCUUCUCACACUGGCUUGUGCGUAUCCACUCAGAUUAUCAUGGACUCGGCCAGACGUACCCCACCACCCCAUGGCCCU